AUCAUCAUCAUCAUCAUCAUCAUCAUGUCAUCCUCAUCCGUGCGUCGUAGUACUUCAUCUGGCCAACUGAACACCAUCAACCCAAUAUAUCACAACCAAGAUUACUCGCUACCAACAACACCAUCACUGAUAGUCCAAUUUCCAUCCACAUUUAUCUUCGACCACCAUCAACCUCAAGAACUCGACUUUCUAUCACUCAACAACUCACCCUUCACUGCUAGUAACAAUAAGCCUCAUCUGAACUCGAAUAUCGAUCCCAGCUUAAUCAAUCCAUCUCCUAAACAAACCUCAAAAAUACACCACCACCACCAUCAUCAUGAAUCAGACAAGCAUCAAUCACUCAGGGGGUUCCUCAAGGAUCCCUCCUCAGACCCCGCCCUCCACACCCCCAGUCCAUCCCUCCGAUCACCAUUGAUCGAUCAAGAUCCAUUCACUGGAGUCGUCGGCACGGUCUCCAUGUCGGAUUACUCGAGCCAUCUCUCGAGCUUAGACCUGUUCGAUCGACUGACGACCGACGACUGGGAACGCGGGCUCACCAGCAGUACUCCCAUCUCCGCCUCCCAUCUCAGCGGCCACCAUCCCUCAUCAUCUACCUCCAACCACCAACGAUCAUCCUCACUCCCUCCGCCCGCGAUCCCCGAAUCUCCUUCCUCCUUGUCCGCUUCCGCGAGGCUCCUCCUGCCCAAAUCCUCCGAUCAUCCGCGCUUCACGAGCUAUCUCGACGGCCUCGACUUGCAUCUCUCCGCCUCCUCCUCCUUCCUCUUCGACGACGACGCCUUCCUGCCCGCCUACGUCAUCCCGACAUCCGCUGCUACUGCCACUUCUUCUUCGUCUUCUUCUUCUUCUUCUGCUUCCUCCGCAUCAUCAUCUUCUACCUUUUCUUCUUCUCCUUCAUCUACGCCUUCCACUCGCCUCGACAAUCCUCUCGACUCGAUCCACUCAACCCCUGACCACCAUCUCGAGCUCUUCCCGGGCUUAGAAGAAGACAAAGGUCUCCCGAUCGACCCCGCCAUCAUCGAUCCCUUCGGCCCUCCUUCUUCAUCAUCCACACCUCUGCCAUUCCAGAAGGACGGUCUGAUCCAUCCAAGCCUCUCACCAGCUGGCCCCAUAGACCUGACCAAGAAUUCUACCUGAAACAUCUUCUUAGCUCCAUCCUCGUCUACCUGG